GACAGCUGUUUGAAAUCAAAGAAAGGAUCCGUCAGCGUUCUUCACAUGUCAGGGAACAGAGUCAGCAGAGACGUGAGGGUGAACUAAUGUCUGAGUGAGAUCUUUAGAUUUCAGGGUGAGCUCUGAGGACGCUGGCUGACGCUGCAGUACGUCGUUUGUCCACUAGAUGGCAGAAAUGAUUCAUUACUGAAGCAGACAGUCUUUACUCCUGCAGGUGAACGUCUCAGAUUUAAGAGGAAACAAGCUUUUAAUGAACACGCCUUUCUCUCUCAGGUAACAGCAGAGUGCGUCCUAAUUGGCUAACGGUGCUGAGUGACUCACGGCGCGCCCUGCUCCUUCUGACAUGCUCGCCGGGGAUCUGGUGGCCGUGUGGGAGGUGGCGCUCAGCGACGGCGUGUACCGGAUCGACUUCGCUCAUGGGACCACCACCGGGAAACGAGUCGUCCACGUCAACGGACAGGAAGUCAUCAGGAGGGACUGGAUGUUUAAGCUGGUCGGACAGGAAACGUUCACCGUGGGAAGCUCCAGCACCAAAGCCACCAUCUUCAUCGAGGCCAUCAGCGGCUUCGCCUACGAGUACACGCUGGAGGUCGGGGGAAAGAGUCUGCAGAAGUUCAUCGACAACCGGGCCAAGGUCACGAAGACCUGGCUGCUGAAGGUGGACGGGGAGGACUGCCGGGUGGUGCUGGAAAAGGACACCAUGGACGUUUGGUGCAACGGGCAGAAAAUGGACACCAGGGGAGAGUUUGUGGACGAUGGCACAGAGACACACUUCAUGUUGGGGGAACACGAGUGCUGCAUCAAAGCAGCGAGCAGUGGGAAGAAGAGGAGCGGCAUUGUGCACUACUUACUGCUGGAUGGAGAGAAAGUUCCUGCUUCAACACAAUGAGACGGAGCAGAGAGCUGGAGCAGAGACCAGAUCAGAGCUGAACUGUCAAACAGACUCUGAGAGAGAGGUACUGAAACCAGGCAGAACUAAGGGAUGUGCUUUCUUCUGAAGGAUCUGUUCAUGACACAAAUAAACACUGAGGCAUUAACCCUGUUGUUCCUCUGUAUGUUCUGCAGGUCGGGUUGAUUUAAAGGAUCAAUAAUUGAAGUGUUUGUAAUAAUUCAAAGGAAGAAGAAGAAUGAAGUGUAGUUUUUGUGCGUAGGUAUUUUUGCGCAGCCUUUACGCAGUAAGAGGCUUCAUGAAUAAGGCUUCAUAAAGCACGUGGAGGUCACCUCAGAAAAGACAGGAAGACUCCAGAUCUUCUAUACAAAAUAAAAGCAUCAAUUUAA